GAUAAUAUAAAAUGAAUGCGCGUUGAACCAAUAAACCAAUCCAAUAAAAGCCGUUCUUUCGUGGCAAACAAGUCUAAAUACCCUCUCUUUCUUUUUCUUUCUCUCUCUAUCUCAAUUCUCAAAUUCCUACUUGUAUGGGCUUGGGCUUUUUCUUAUCUUUAAUCUUUGAUUUUUGAAGUUAAAUAAGUCUUUGCAUAUUUGAAUGGAUGGGUGUUUUUGAUUUUGAUUGCUGAAUUCUGAAUUGGGUCAGUUCGAAUUUCAAUAAAAGAGCACAAGAAGUUUUUGGUUUUUAUGGUAGUCAAUUCUUUGAAAAGUUCGUGGUUUUUGAUAAGGUCUUUUUUGUUUGUUUAUGAAUUGGGUAUUGGGAGAAGUUUGAAUUACUGAAUAAAGAUCAUAUUUUUAGUUGGUUGUAGUUCAUGGUUGUUCUUGAUUGGUAUAUGUACUGAACAUAGAUCAUAUUUUUAGUUCUAGGAGAAUUGUGUUGGUGAAGGAGUAAAGUAUUGUUGUUUGAAUGGAUUUUAGUGUUUUAGAAAGUUUAGGAUUGGUUUUAGGAGGAGAAUUGUGUUACUGCUGAUAAGGAAGGAAUUGCUGGUUCAUUGAAAUUUGGUGCUAAAGCACAACAUGGGGUCCGCCUGUGCUAAAGCUUCUUCGGCUGUUCAAGACAGAGACAGCCAAGAGAGCCCAAGAAAGAGAUUGGCAUCUUUGAGUAGACGAUCAUCGAAUUCACGGGUGAAUUCUUCAAGAAGACAUGAGGGAGUGUUGAGAUACCAUGGUGGUGAGGUGAAGGCUAUGCGCUUUGAUAAGAAAGCGAAUGCUUCUAUGCGAGUUUAUGAUGAUCAGAUUGAGAAGAGGAGGAGAGAGAAGAGUGAAGCCUCUGUUAUGGAACUCCCCUACGUGGGAAGGGUACCAAAGGCUACACAGGGAGAGCAGGUUGCAGCAGGCUGGCCGGCUUGGCUUUCUAACGCGGCCGGGGAAGCUAUCAAGGGAUGGCUACCGCGGAGCGCAACUACUUUUGAGAAGUUAGAAAAGAUUGGCCAAGGAACUUAUAGUAAUGUUUACAAGGCUCGAGAUGUAACUCAUAAUAAAAUUGUUGCUUUGAAAAAAGUACGAUUUGAUAAUCUUGAUUGUGAGAGUGUCAAGUUUAUGGCAAGGGAAAUCAUCAUUUUGCGGAGGCUUGAUCAUCGGAAUAUAAUAAAGCUGGAAGGCUUAAUCACAUCACAGAUGUCUCGCAGUUUAUACCUUGUUUUUGAGUAUAUGGAGCAUGAUCUUACAGGGCUUGCAUCACAUCCUGGCAUAAAAUUCUCAGAACCACAGGUUAAAUGUUACAUGCAGCAACUUUUAAGUGCACUUGAUCAUUGUCAUAGUCGUGGUAUCCUGCAUCGUGACAUAAAGGGCUCAAAUCUUCUUAUUGACAAUAAUGGCAUUUUGAAGAUUGCAGAUUUUGGCUUAGCUACUUCUUAUGAUCCUCAUCACAGUGUUCCACUGACAAGUCGAGUGGUCACUCUUUGGUAUCGACCACCAGAACUUUUACUUGGAGCAUCCCACUAUGGAGUUGCAGUGGAUUUAUGGAGUACUGGUUGCAUUCUGGGGGAAUUAUAUUCUGGCAAGCCCAUAUUGCCAGGAAAAACAGAGGUUGAGCAGUUGCAUAAGAUUUUUAAGCUCUGUGGCUCACCUUCAGAGGAUUAUUGGCGAAAAUUGAAGUUACCACAUUCAACAUACUUCAGGCCACCACAGUCUUAUAGACGAUGUGUUGCUGAAACAAUGAAAGAUUUUCCGGCUGCUGCAUUGGGGCUUCUUGAGACCUUACUUUCCGUUGAUCCUGCACAUAGAGGAACUGCUGCUUUGGCUCUCAAGAGUGAGUUCUUUACAACAAAACCUCUUGCUUGUGAUCCUUCAACUUUGCCCAAAUAUCCUCCUUGCAAAGAGAUUGAUGCUAAAGUGCGGGAUGAAGCUAGAAGGGAGCGGAAAGUUGAUCUAGAAAGGAGAGGACAAAAUGAAUCUCGGGCAAUUCCUGCAUCAAAUUCCAACAUGCAGUCAGUCAUGUCAAUGCAGAGAAGACAAAACCAAACCAGUUCGAAAAGCCAAAGUGAAGUGUUCAACCCUCGUCGUGAGGGAGCUGUUUCUGGUCUCCUAGUUGCUCCACCUAAACAGCCACGAGCUGUUAAAGAAGUUAGAGCAGACUACUCGGAGCGUCUUCGUAAGAGGUUUUCCCAAUCAGGGCCACUGGCUGAUGGGCCUGAAUGGACAAAGUCCGGGAAGAAACUUGAUGAUCCACAAGCUGUUUCAACAGCUAUUGACUUAUCAAAAUUAUCUGGUUUGGCAGCAACCAGGACUCUGUUAUCUGAAGGUCACCAAGAAAAAAUUGGUCCUUCACAGUCAGAGAAAACAGAACAAAUGGGCAGGUUUUCGGGUUCAGUUAAUGCAUUGCAGUCCAAAAGAAAGCAGGACCAAAAUUGUUACACACAGAUGGUUGGAGAUUUCCCUCAGAUAGAAGAUGGAAAGGCCUCUGCUAAAGAAUCAUCUCUGCAUGGUCAUGGGCAUAAGGGAAACAAGAUCUAUGUCUCUGGUCCGUUACUGAACUCAUCAAACAAUGUGGAUCAGAUGCUAAAAGAUCAUGAUCGCAAGAUCCAGGAAUUUUCGCGACGUGCACGACUUGACAAGACAAGAGCUGAGAAAGUUCAUGCUCAUGGGAAGCAAGUAAUUGCUAAUUAAAAUGUCACAUUGAAUCCUAAGAUGGAUAAAUCAGCAAUGGCAUCCAACAUUGUCAUUGAUACACAGCUAAGCUCUUUGUAAUUAUAUUACCUCAUGCGUAGGGAUUUUUUUUUAUAAAAAAAUUAUUCUUUAAAUUUUAUUUUAAUUUGACUCUUUUUACCACA